GCUGAGCCGGGAUGGGUCUUGCCGAAGACAAAGUGUACGACUACAUUUUGAAAAACCUCAAGAACUUCAAGAACAUCCGUGUGGCGUCGCUGGCCGAUUCCCUGAGCUGCCUGACCGAUGCCGACAGAGAUGAGCUUCACACCCGGGAGGAAACGCGGGGGAGCCAGGCGACCGUCUAUAGGUUUUAUCAGCACCUGAAGUGCCGGCAGGGCUGGGUGCCGGAUCUCAUCAACGCGCUGCGCCAGAACAACGCGGGGCACCUGGCCGACGAGCUGCAGCACGUGUAUGACUCCUGGCAAGCCCGUCCCCCGGCUCCCGCCGCUGCCUCCUUCCCUCCUGCAGCCAGCGAUGCCUGUCCCGCCGUCUCCUCCAUCGGUGCCCAGACGACGUCCCUAGGGCCGAACCCUGCUCCGGGCGCUCCACUGGCUGAGCAGCUGCGCCAAGACCUGCCUGUCAGUGGCCGUCCGCCUCUCCUGCCCAGUGCUGCCACCACCGUGAGCACAGACCUGGACGCCAGGGCCCCGGUGCAGGAAUCGCUCCCCAAAAACCUCCUGGAGCAAGAGAGUCCCCAGCUGCCUCCACCUGGGAGCGGGGUCCAUGAUGGAGUAAGCGAUGGGCACAGCAGAGAGGGGCAUCCUCUGCACCCCAUCGAGGCCGCACCGGUGGCAGCGGGGACCCCCGGGGCAGCCAGCGUCUGUAGUCCUAGUCCUCAGACUGGCCGGGACUGGCUGAGCCGCCAGCAGCACCCGGUGUGUGUGGACAACGGGUGUUUCGGGAACGCCAACCACCUGCACCGCGGCGCGCCGGGCUUGGGUCUGGGCAGGUCUCUUCUGCUGAGGGAUGCGGGCUCUGCUCGCAGCCCCAAGCAGCCCAGGAACGAGCCUGAAGAGGACUUCUACGUCUCCACUGAGUCGCCCCUGAGGCUGGAGGCCGCUCGCAGCGGGGGGCCGCAGCCCCCAGACUCGCAGCCAAAACAAAAGGCUGUGCCUGGCUCCGAGCGCAGCGAGCCCCCGGGCAGCUUUGUGGAUGUGCGCAGCCCCCUCCUCAUACAGCAGCAGUUCGAUGUGGAGCAGAAGCAGGUCGGGAUGCUGCGAGAGCACGGAGGAGAUGGAGACACCUGGAUGGAAACAACUACCCUGGUCCCAGAAGCGCCCAGAGACGCUUCCCCAUCCUGCGACACCUCCAUGAAGCCUCCUGUACAAGAGAAAGAACUGCCCGCGGGGGAGGCGGCCAGCAGCACCCCCUCCAUGCCGAUGAAGGAAAAAGUGCUGCCGGCCUCGGUGGACCCUCCCCCGCUUGUUGCAGGAAGCUUUGAAGGCACUUCUGGGAGGAAGGCCUCCCGGGUGAGCUCUGCCACGAGCAUCUGGAUGCCUUGCAGCAACACGGAGAGGGAUGUGGAGCUCAGCAAGCCGGGCGUCCUCUUCCCCAUGGCUGAGGAGAGCCCAGAGGCGGCCAGCAGAUGCCCGAGCUCUCGGGGGCCCAGCGGCCCCUAUUCAGGGGCGUCCGAUAGCCUCACCUUCAGCAGCGACCCACUCAUGGUGAGCACGGAUAGCUCGAGCUCAGGAGAAGCGCUCUCCGGAGUCUCCUUGGGAUGCCCAGCUCCAGCGGCUCGUGAAGACCCUGGGGGAAAGGAGGCUGCUGGAGCAAGCAGAGACUCGCGUCUGCCUCCGAGCUGGGACAGCACCUCCCUGGGCACCCACGAGGUCCCCAGCACCCAGCUCGGGGCAGGCAGCGACCUCCAAGACAGAGCCGGUCCCUUUGGAAACUCUCCCGUUUUUAACUCUAGCGGGGGCCAAGGCACUGCGACCAGCUCGUCUCAGGCCAAAGUCCCCCCAGGGGACAGCAACGGACCGUCCCUGCCGUACAUCAUUCCAGCUGUGGGCAUCGCUCUGAUUUCAGCUGUGGCGUUCCUGGUGUACGCUCGAUUGCAGAAAUAGCGCUGGAGUGGAUGGGAUGCCACGACCGUCACUCGGCCUGGGCGAUUCCUCUUCAUAGCAGGAAUUUGGCCAACGCGUUGGAAGCCUGAAGAGCAGCGGGGGGGACGGUAGGGGUGUUGUUAAAUCUCUUUCUGGAAGGUUUUGCCGGAAGAGGCCUUGGUUGCGUGAUGCUGUUGGGUUUGGGUCUGUUUUCCCCCAUUUCCCAACCAUCUUCUUGUCUGUAGCCUUCUCCUUUUACACCCGUAGAGAGGGUCUCAUUCAGGGAGUGAGUCAAAAAAGAAAGUCCUCAUGGCUAUUAUCCACAUCUCCCUUGUUUGGUCCCAGGAGGCCCCAGGGAAACAUGUCCUGGUGGUCCAAAGGGUGAGCCCCCGCGUCCCUCCGGGCAGUGCAGCGAGGAGAGGUUUUGCAGACAUCCUGUAAAAGUGGAGCCGAUUUUGUUGGCUCUGCUCAUCUUGGCUUGAAAACGUGCCCGAAGGUCUGUGCAGCAGCCUCCACCAGGUGCCUCAUGUUGAAUUUGCCUUACUGGGUGUCUCUGGCUCUGCUGCCGGGACCUUGGCUCGUCUCUGCUCCUCCUUUCCCCCCGGUGCUGGGUGCGCGGGCAGGACCCCAGUGCACCGAGGCAGGCUGCCUUCUGCUUAUUCGUGACGAGAGA